AGCCCUUAUACGCGCAGAUGCGGGGAAAACCCGAGGCACCUCGUGGCGACUGACUGUGAGCAGAUUGGUACCCGGUCCCCUCAGUCGGUCGACCAUAGAGGUUUCAGACCUCCAAAAUUCCUAGAGAGCUUCCGGAAAUGGCUUGGAGGCAAAAUGCGUGUUGGCCGGUGCUGUUCCUUCGCAGGUUUGGAAGUUAAGGGCCAGAGGGGCCUGGUACUAUUACGGCUUUCGGUACCUUUUCCCCCCGACUUUACCCAGGUCCGCUCAAUCAUUGCAGUCUCCCAGUUUCCAUUCCCCACCCCGGACAGCCUCUGGAACUCGCGUACCCUUAGAAAAGAGGCCCUUGGAAGUCUGUAAAGAAGAUAAAGAAGGUAGUGGAAACGAGCCUCCUGAGCUUUUCCAGCCCUAAAUGGCCGCAGAAUCAAGAAAGUCUUUAGUCCCAUCCCCACCAAACCAGGCUCCCGAAGAAGACCUUGUAAUUGUCAAGGUAGAAGAAGAUCAUGGUUGGGACCAAGAAUCCAGUCUGUAUGAAAAUAACCCUCCUGGCCAAGAGCUUUUUCGCUUGCGCUUCAGGAAGUUAUGCUACCAGGAGACAUUGGGACCCCGAGAAGCUCUGAUCCAACUCCGGGCACUUUGCCAUCAGUGGCUGAGGCCAGAUUUGAAUACUAAGGAGCAGAUCCUGGAGCUGCUGGUGCUAGAGCAGUUCCUGACCAUCCUGCCUGAGGAGCUCCAGUCUCUGGUUAAGGAACAUCAGCUAGAGAAUGGAGAGGAGUUGGUGACCCUAUUGGAGGAUUUGGAGAGGCAGAUUGAUAUACUAGGACAGCCAGUCCCAACUCGUGCACAUGGACAUAGGGUAAUCUGGGAGGAGGUGGUGCAUUCAGAAUCCACACCAGAGCCUCCAAAUACUCAGCUCCAACCUGUGACAACCCAGCACAAAUCUCCAGUGCCCCAGGGGCCACCAGAGAGAGCCAUAUCUACUUCUCAGAGUCCUACCCCUUCCCAGAAAGAAAGUCCUGGAGACCAGGAGAUGACAGCUACACUUCUUACAGCAGGGUUCCAGAGUUUGGAGAAAAUUGAAGACAUGGCUGUGUCCCUAAUUCAAGAGGAGUGGCUUCUUGAUCCAUCACAGAAGGAUCUGAGUAGAGAUAACAGGCCAAAGAACUACAGAAACAUGUUCUCCCUGGGUGGUGAGACCAGGAAUGAGAACAGGGAGUUAGCUUCAAAACAGGUAAUAUCUUCUGGAAUUCAACCACAUGGAGAGACAGCUGCCAAAUGCAACGGGGAUGUUAUCAGGGGUCUUGAGCAUGGAGAAACCCGAGACAUGGGCAGAUUAGAGAGGCAGCGGGGAAAUCCCACCCAAGAGAGACGACAUAAAUGUGAUGAAUGUGGGAAGAGCUUUGCUCAGAGUUCAGGCCUUGUUCGCCAUUGGAGAAUCCACACUGGGGAGAAACCCUAUCAGUGUAAUGUAUGUGGUAAAGCCUUCAGUUACAGGUCAGCCCUUCUUUCCCAUCAGGAUAUCCACAACAAAGUAAAACGCUAUCACUGUAAGGAGUGUGGUAAAGCCUUCAGUCAAAACACAGGCCUGAUCCUGCACCAGAGAAUCCAUACCGGGGAGAAGCCGUAUCAGUGCAAUCAGUGUGGGAAGGCUUUCAGUCAGAGUGCAGGCCUUAUUCUGCACCAGAGAAUCCACAGUGGGGAGAGACCUUAUGAAUGUAAUGAAUGUGGGAAAGCUUUCAGUCAUAGCUCACACCUCAUUGGACACCAGAGAAUCCACACUGGGGAGAAGCCCUAUGAGUGUGAUGAGUGUGGGAAAACCUUCAGGCGGAGCUCACAUCUUAUUGGCCAUCAGAGAAGCCACACUGGGGAAAAACCCUACAAAUGCAAUGAGUGUGGGAGGGCCUUCAGUCAGAAGUCAGGCCUUAUUGAACAUCAGAGAAUCCACACUGGAGAAAGACCCUAUAAAUGUAAAGAAUGUGGGAAAGCUUUCAAUGGGAACACUGGCCUCAUUCAGCAUAUGAGAAUUCAUACAGGGGAAAAACCCUAUCAAUGUAAUGAGUGUGGGAAAGCUUUUAUUCAGAGGUCGAGUCUCAUUCGACAUCAGAGAAUUCACAGUGGAGAAAAGUCUGAAUCUGUGGGAGUUUAGGUAAAAACGUCAUGGUUUGGGCAUUAUUCAGCAUUAGAGAAACCACAUUCCAGUGAGAGGUCUUUCAGUGUAAUAAAAAGGGUGGAAAGUUUGUCAUUAUUGCAGCCUUACUUGGGGUCAGAAUUAAUAGUGGUGGCAGAGAGAGUAGCUCUUCAGUAGUUUGGGCCCAGUGCCUUGCUGCAGAUGGAGUAGCUUGACUGUCUUGGGAAGUAUCUGAUGGAGUGGAGCUCCCCAAGGGUCUAAUGUAUCCUUUAGAAACCUAAAAUAGCUUUAGAGCAAGUUGCUUGUUGUUCCUCAAGGCACUUAACUUUGUCUUUGGGUGGGUAGCUGUAGGUUUAAGAGAGGCUACUCCUAGUUUCUCUGCUUCUUCCCAUCUCCUGUGAUCCCCUUCUCCCAUUUAUUCUCCUGAAGGUGCAUUUAUCUGCCUAAUCUGAUCUAAGAAGCUGCUUUAGAGUUCUAAGCAGCCUCUGUGUGAGACAUAUUUGUAUAUAGCUUUCUAAGAUGCUGGUUCUAGCGAAAUUUUUACAGACACUUAAUGUAUUUAUGCUUAAGUGUGUAUUUUAUUCUAAUGUUCCUGAUAGCAGAAAUUCAUAUUCCCAUGCAAACUCAGAAUGCUAUAUUUUUAACAGCACACCAGCAUUUUUCUUCAUAUAUCACCUUCACUGACUCCACUGAGUCAUUGAGUAUCCAUACGUAUCCUUCACCACCCCCAUCCCAGUACCUGUCAGCAAAGGAAGUGGAUGCAUUUGAGCUGGUUGUGGGAAUGAUGCAGAGAAAGAGGUGAGUGGAGACUCAGCCUGGCUGCUCUUGAGCUUGGGUGGUUGUAUCUUGGGGCGACUUCUGGCUCUCCUUUCCAUCUUCCCAUUGUAGGCUGUGGUACAAAUAGGUAUUUACACUAUCCCAGUUAGGACAUCACAUGGGAGAGAGGAGACCGAGGUGGUUGAAGAAGUCAUAAAAACCCUUGCAGAGAAUGCAUACACAUCCCUUUGGCCCAUUACAGUACUGCUCUCUCAGGUUCCCAUCAGUGUGCACAAACUUCCUGACUAAAUGUCUGUCACUCUUGUUACUACCCUCAGUCCACCUCCUUGGAUGGCUUCAGCACCUCACUCAAGUUUGCCAUCUGUUUCUUGCCAUUAGUUUUAUAUAUCCACAGUGGUAAUCUGUUAAAUUCUUCACCUCACAAUUCUACAUUCUUCUGAAUUCUAGUGUACUCCAUCUGUAAUCCAACAAAGACAAUAUAAAACUCAUUAUCACCAGGUACUGUAUUUCAUUUUUGAGGUUUUCAGUAUACCAAGGAAUAUUGUAUAAAGUAUUGAGGCUGGUUUCAAGUAACACACCAGAACUUAAGCAUCUAAACAUGGUUGUCCUUUGGGCAAUUCUAGUUAUUCAGGUAGUGCUGUUAUUCCAGUAGUACUACCAUUCCUUCAAAUAUUUGGAACAAUUCAAAAUCCCCACUUAAUAAACCAUACAAGAAAACUAUUACUCUGGAAUCACAUCUCAUUUUUGGCCAUUUGAUUACCCAUUUAUUCACCAGAUUUUGGAUUGAGUAACAUGGUUAUUUCCAAAAUCGGCUUUCAAAAUCGGUUUUCCAUUAAUCCUGUUCAGAAUGUAAUAUAUGUUCUGAUGAACACAACUUCACACUGACUAUCCUGUACAGGGGUAACAUUUAUUAGUCAUGUUUUAUGAUUGAUGUUUUUAAAAAUCAGUCAUAAAAUCUUACAUUAUAGAGGUCCACCUUUUAGAUGAUAAAUUCCUUCCCUCUAAUAUCCCUUCUUUACCCCUCCAGGGCCCACCUUGACUACUAACAACAUUAAGGUUAUCUACACCUGUGUCAUUGAGCCAUUGUCAUUUGUCAUCUUGGUUUCCUUGGUUAGCUUUUUCAAACCAGUGCUUUCCAUUAUCCUUUAUCUUCUUAUCCUCCCUUCCUUUGUUCUUUUUCUUUCUUUUCUUUUUUUUUCCAUAUAGGUUAUUAUUUUUAAUUCCCUUAUGCUUGAAAUUUCAAGAAACCAGAAACAAAUCUGGUCAUCUCUGUGCCUUACCCUCUAUAAGAUAUUAAUUGUUCCUGAAGCCAGUGCUACCUGUGUACAGAUAUUACAUAGGAUGGGUACACUGUCAGAGGGAAAUUAUGUGUGUGCCAUGUGUACACACACACACACACGUUUCUCCCAUACGGCUUUUAGUGAAAGCUUUUAGUAGAGCAAUAUAUUGAAAUGUAUAUAGACCAGCUAACAUCUCUACUCAGAAUAAUGCGUAACGAGAUUACUUAAAUACUAGAAUUACUAAGCAUCUGGUAGAAAUUCAGAUAAAAGAAAAUAUGACCAGAAAGAUCAGUGUUACACUGGUAUGAAUGUGAGAAAAGAUUGUGACUUUGAAAAACUGUCAUCGUAUCUUACUCUAUAUAUAGAAACAGCCAGGUAGUAUAACAUAUCAGAAAAAGGCUAUUGUUUCUUUGGGAGCAUAAGCAGAAAUCCAUUUUUGGUUUCUAGUUCUGUUAGCAUUAUAGUAUUGUAGGUCAAUCUAUAGGACCUUAUUUUGAACUCUUAACUGUGGAUUACAUGCACUAGGUUCCUUUAUUCUAUAGAUUCUAUUUUUAUGCUCUUAAUAUGAAAUGAACUGUUUACCAAUACUUUCUUCUCCCAUCCUCAGCUUCUCAUUUUAGGGCUUGGCAUGAUAAAGUGUUCUUCCAUAACUGCUACCAUCCAACAUAGUCCUAGGAGAGGCAUCUUAGGUUUCAAAGAUUUUCUCCAUUGAGCCAAGGGGGCAGUACUAGAAUGUGUUGGUUGAUUCCCAUACAGAGCAGGUAGCUUUACUCUUGGUUCUGAGGUUAUGAAUGAUAAUAGCUGACAGUUGAGCACAUACCGCAUGCCAAACCCUAUGUUAAGUAUUUUUAAGCUUAUGAUAGGUAUUAUUUUUAUAAAAUUGUCCCCCAUUUUAUAGAUGAGGAAACUGAGUCUCAGAGAGCUGAAUGAGUUAACCAAGGUCACAUAGCUGGUAAGUGGUAGAGUAGAGAUUCUAACCUGUUCAGAUGCCUAUGCUCCUGACCACUGUGCUACAAUAUCUCUAAUGAACACCCUAACCCUAGCCAGCUGUUUAAAAAUUAUGUAUCCCCAGUUAUAAGAGGUACUGGGGAAGAGAGUGUACAGUAGGGUACAAAUCCAUUAUGAUUACUGGGAAAUUGGUUGAAAAUGUCAUUUUGGUUUGUAUCUUUAAAUGUUUGAUACUGUUGAUACUUUGUAGUUCUAGGAAACUAAAUUAUUGUGCAUUAAAAUAUGUUUAAAAGAGAAACUGGGAGGAUGAAGCAAUAAUUACAGAUUCAAAUACAUUUCUCUCUAAACUGCUUCAGGGAAAGUAGAAUUGUGGAAAGAAAUGAAAUAUUAAUGCAAGGCCAGGUGGAUGGACAGUUUGGAUAACAAUAUUAAGUUAAUCUACAGCAUAAAAUGUAGAAAACUUUCAACUUCACUUUCCUUUCCAACUACCAUUUUAUUUUUCUUCUAUCAUUCAUGGUUUUUCAAACAUGUCAUCCAUUGUUCAACCCCAGUUCCUUAUUGAUGUAUUCUUAAAACUUCUCCUUAGUGGCUUUGUCCUCACUAAUCCACUGAAAUAUCCUGUGGCUAAACUAAAUAUUAAUGCCUUUUCUUAGUUCUUGUACUUGAUCUGUAUUUCACACUGUUGAAUUUCCCCUGAAUCUCAGGAAUUUUCUUCUUUCAGCUUGUGGGAUUCCUUUUUUGGUCAUUUUCCUCCAAUUUCUAGUUUUUCUUUAUUAGUCCUUUUUCUCCUCCUCUUCACUGAGAAUAAUCCACAUGUCUUAAUUGUAUUCACUACUUUUUCUGUAUUCACUCCUACUUACACAUUUUGAUUAUUUGUACUUACUAUCUAUAUUUCAGUAACUUAAGAUUUUUCACCUUUUGGGUCAUCUCUUUACUUGUGGACUUUUCUACCAGUACACAUAUAACUUGGUAUUUGAAAACAGAAUUCAUUACUCUUGUCCCCACAUCCCCAUUUUCUUUUUAAAUGGCCAUCAAUGCUUAACUUCUUUACCUUGAAUUAGGUUCACAACCCUUUGUAUUUAUUAAAUUAAUCUUGGCCUUACCUUUUAUUCUUUUCUAUUCUCCACUGUACAUGUCCAGAAUCUUGCUAAGUUGUUCCAAGUCAGUUUUUUCCUUGAGGCUGGAUCUUUUACAUUUUACUAUAGCCUCAUAGCUCUCUGUGCAGAUCCAUGUCAUCUGAGGCCCAAAUAUAAUUCUUUCCAAUUAGUUUCCUGGCUGUCAAGAUCCCCAUCUUGUAUGUUUCCGAGGUGAUCCUCCUCAGAAGUCCAUUUUCCUGAUGUCUAACUUUAACUCAAGAAUACCAAGCAGAUAAUUGUUGUCAGAGCAUUGGUGUUCCAAGUUCUCCAUUAUCAUGCCCUCCAUGCUUGAUUUGCCUCAGACUCAUUCUCUAGCAUAUUCAUCUUGAUUCAUCAUGUUCACACUUCCUGCAGCCUUCCAGUGUUGUCUUACAAGCCCUUGCCUCUGUGCCUUUCUCAUGCUUUUCUUUUUGCUAAGAUUUCUCUUUGGCCCCAGCUCAUGUUCAUCACUCCCUUCAAAACCUAACUUCUUUUGUGUCUUCUGAGUGAGCUAUCCAUGACUGAUAUCACCUCACACUGAGACCUCCCUUAUUCUAUGCUGUCCAGCACUUAUCCUUUAAACUGUGGUCCAUGCACUUACUAAUAUGUUGCUGUGUAAUUAUUUUAUAGCACUCUGUGUUGUAGUUUCAUAUUUGUAUUUAUUUUCAAAAUUAAAUUGUAAGCUCCUUGAGGGCAGGUAUAGUAACUUUUACAUUUGUAUCUGCACCCCCUAGUGCCUAGUACAGUCCUUAGCACACAGUAGGUGUUUAAUAAAUGAUUGUCAAAUUA